AUGUCUGCUUUCGAGGUUUACCGUAGGAAAUUCAAGCCAGCGCUUCCUCGUGCAAUUCAGGGCGCAAGCUAUCAUCUCCACACAGAAGAGAAGACGCACCCUGUCGCUGACGAGCAGGAUAUAGCGGCGCUCUUCCCGAAGACCACGCAUCUUCCCCUUCUUGACAUUCAGCCCGACACUGGUGCACCGAAGCUCCUUGAGCCAAAGAGGGUUGGAGUAAUCUUCUCUGGAGGACAAGCCCCCGGUGGUCACAAUGUGCUCUGUGGUCUCUAUGAUAAGUUGCAGCAGAUCGCCCCCAAGUCUGUUCUCCUCGGGUUCCAGAACGGACCAAAAGGCCUUAUGACUAACAAGUAUGUUGAGCUCACGGAGAAGUUCCUCGAGCCCUUCAGAAAUAUGGGUGGCUUCCAUGCUAUCGGGAGUGGCCGCGACAAGAUUGCUAAGCCUGAGGAUUUUGAUGCAGCCGCCAAAACUGCAAAGGACAAUAACCUUGACAUAAUUUGUAUCAUUGGGGGAGACGACAGCAAUACUAACGCAUGCCUCCUCGCCGAGGACUUUCUCAAGCGUGGUCUAAAGACUGCUGUAAUCGGCGUUCCCAAAACAAUCGACCGUGACCUGUACUCCACGAAGGGGAUCGAAUGUUCCUUCGGGUUUGAUAGCUCUACGAAAGUCUACGCAGAGCUCAUAGGCAACAUAUGUUAUGAUUGUCUUAGCGCUAAGAAGUAUUGGCACUUCAUCAGGCUUAUGGGCCGUUCGGCCUCUCAUAUUACGCUAGAGUGCGGGCUGCAGACACACGCAAACAUCUGCCUCGUCGGUGAAGAGAUCCUAAGUAAGAAAAUGACAUCUCGCCAGCUGUUUGAAUAUCUGGCUGAUUGUGUUACGAAGCGAGCUGACAGUGGCAAGAACUAUGGGGUCUGCUUGGUUCCAGAGGGACUUAUUGAGUUCAUUCCCGAGAACAACGAGCUCUUUGCAUACCUCAAUAACACACUUCUGCCUCACUGGACCGGAGAGCUCACUGCGGACGCCGUGGCGGCUAAGCUUCCAGAUCCACUGAGAACGACCUUCAUGGCAAUUCCCGCCAGUAUCCGCACCCAGUUGCUUCUUGAUAGAGACCCCCAUGGUAACAUUGCAAUCUCUCAGAUUGAAACGGAAAAGUUUCUGGGGGCAGGGGUGCAGCAAGUGCUGAGGGAGCGCGGUUCAAAGACAAAGUUUACUCCGCUCUAUCACUUCUUUGGCUAUGAGGGAAGGUGUGCUGCGCCCUCCGACUUCGACUGCUCCCUUUGUUAUAGCUUGGGGGCUGUUGCAGCAAUCUUGGGUUGCAAUGGAAAGACAGGCUACAUGGCCUCUCUUCGCAACCUUGUCAGGCCUCCCGCCGAUUGGUCUCCUAUUGGCCUUCCUCUUACAUGCCUUAUGAACAUGGAGAUGCGCCACGGCCACAAGACCCCUGUCAUUAUGAAGCAGAUGACCGACCUGAAUGGCAAUCCGUACAAGCUAUUAGCAAGAAACCGUGACACUUGGCUCAUGAAUGAUGAUUACCAAAACCCAGGGCCAAUCCAGCAAAUUGCUACAGAAUCUGCAGAGGGGACCGCUGUCUGUGCACGCCCCACGAUAACCCUGAUCGAAGAGGCUCGAAAGUAA